AUGGCACAUAUCAUCCCACCAACUCACCUCAAGCCUGCAGAGAGUUUGACUCUGCCUUCUGCUGUCACAUUCAGUUCAUCAACUACCAGAGGAUCUUAUAUUGAGUCUGAUCUUAUAAUGGAUGAUGAUGCCUCUAUUGCUGGUCGACAUUUGCUAGAGACAAACUCUGCACUUGAAGAAGGUUACACUGCUUUGGAUACCGUCAUCAAUGAUACCACCAAGAAUACAAACAUGUCCUUCUACCAGGGUACUUUAAGAGCCACAUGCUGCCAGGAACUUGCAAGGCUUGGUGACAGUGCUCCUCCCCAGGAUGGUCUAAUGACACCAAGUACUGGUAUUCAUUCUUUACAAGAGGUAGGAAGUAUUCUUGAUAAAGCUGCUGCCAGGCAAGGUUUUGAGGCGGCUCUCAUUAUGUGCAGCAAUAUUGUCAAUGAAAAUGCAUCGCUUGGCCAUGUUCACACAAUGCCCAGUGCUGGUGGUAUCAGUACUACCUACCUUCAAACCAGUGACCAUGCUAUCAUUGGGCAUAUGAAGGCCCAUGCCUUCAAGGAUGCUAAAGGGGAUAAUGAGCAGGCAUCAAUAGAAGUCUUAGAUAUAAGCUCAUCUGAGGCAGGCGAAGAGAAGGAUGUGUUGAAGUCACUCAAGGCUGGAUUAACCAAACAAGUUGCAGAACUCGGUGGCAAGUUUACAGAUAGACCCUUCCCCUGGAUAUUAAUGGCUAGUUCACUGGCUAAUGAUAAUCUAUGCAUUAAGGGGUACCCCGCGCACUUAAGUUGGAUGCCAGGAGAGUCUCAUAAUACUAACUCACAGAGUAAAGGUGUUGCAGGACUCACACAACAUGAAGCCAGUGUGCUUUCUCAUGCAUUGAAGGUAAAGACAAUGCAUGUUGUCAAAGUAACAAAAGCUAUUGGAGCCUCUAAGGAGCCUGUCAUUAUUGGAGAGGUACCUCCUGUGGACUUUCUCUUUCCAAAUGUGAGGUGGAUGUUUGUCAAUAGAACUUUUGAUUAUGAUGGCCCUGCAUGCCUUCAACCCAGCUUUGCCACAACCAGGAAGAAGAAGCCAAAGGUCCUCUUGUCAUCUCACACCCAGGAUAAUGGUUCAGGUACUGCAGUUAAGGACACUAUGACUACUAUCCACAAAACCAACUUACAUCCUAAAGUACUCAUACCUCCUCCUCCUCCAUCAUGUUUAUUCAAGCUUACGAAAAGCCUCCCUACCAAACCAGUGCCAGCUCCAAUAGAAAUUCUGUCUAGUUCAGAUGACAUCAACAAGCCUGAUGAGGAGCCUCUUGAGUUGUCCAAUGGCGAGCUCCACAGCAAGGAUGAUACUGACUAUGAUGAUUUUUCAUGCUUAUGGAAGCGGAAGCUGAAUACUGGAGGUGUAUGA